UUAAUUAAUAAUCUCUCUCUCUGUAUGUGUACACACACGCAAAUAUUUAUAUAUAUAUAAACAUAGAAGACUCAUGAGGUUCCAAAUAAAUAAGUAAGAACUAAAAAGGAAGGGAAGAGAAGAAAUGGGUUCUGCCAAGAAGGAAAUAAAGUUGGAGAAAAGUGGAGAUGAGAGAAGAAUAAUGACGAGGAGUAAUAAUAGUGAUAACAGUAGUUCAAAUUUGAUGAUAAUUUUUAGAUAUGCAGAUUGGGUGGAUAUUUUGCUGAUGAUUUUGGGUACAGUUGGAGCUAUUGGAGAUGGAAUGUCAACAAACUGCUUGUUAGUCUUCGCUAGCCGUCUCAUGAAUAGUUUGGGAUAUGGCCAGACUCAAAACAAUCAUGCUGGGACUAAUUUCAUGGACGAGGUUCAAAAGUGUAGUUUGAACUUCGUAUACUUGGGUUUAGCAGUAAUGGUGGUGGCUUUUAUGGAAGGUUAUUGUUGGAGUAAAACAAGCGAAAGACAAGUUUUAAGGAUGCGUUACAAGUACUUAGAAGCUGUUCUAAGACAAGAAGUUGGUUUUUUCGAUUCACAAGAAGCAACCACGUCAGAAGUCAUCAACAGUAUCUCCAAAGACACUUCUCUCAUACAAGAACUUCUAAGUGAAAAGGUACCAAUAUUUCUGAUGCACUCUUCAGUGUUCAUAUCUGGGCUAGCUUUCUCAACUUUCUUCUCAUGGAGAUUAUCCUUAGUAGCAUUCCCAACAUUACUGGUUUUAAUCAUACCGGGAAUGAUUUACGGCAAGUACCUAGUCUACUUGUCUAGAAAGUCACACAAGGAAUAUAGUAAGGCAAACGCAAUAGUGGAACAAGCCUUGAGCUCAAUUAGAACGAUUUACUCGUUCACUGCAGAGAAGAGAAUUGUUGAGAGGUACUCAAUCAUAUUGGACAAAACGACGUCGUUGGGAAUCAAACAAGGCAUUGCAAAAGGUUUGGCUGUGGGGAGCACAGGGCUGGCUUUUAUGAUAUGGGCUUUUCUUGCUUGGUAUGGGAGUCGUUUGGUUAUGUAUAAAGGUGAAAGUGGUGGAAGGAUCUAUGCUGCUGGCGUCUCAUUCGUAUUGAGUGGACUAUCUCUUGGAAUGGCACUUCCAGACCUGAAAUACUUCACAGAAGCCUCAGUUGCUGCUCAAAGAAUUUUCCAUAGGAUUGAUCGGGUACCACAAAUCGAUGGAGAAGGGAACAAAGGUCUUGUACUAGAGAAAAUCAAAGGCCAACUAGAAUUCGAACAUGUCAAAUUCACCUACCCUUCUAGGCCUGACUCUGUUGUGCUCAAAGAUUUUAAUCUAAAAAUUGAAGCAGGGCAAACUGUUGCUCUUGUUGGAGCCAGUGGGAGUGGCAAGUCAACGGCCAUUGGAUUAGUCCAACGAUUCUACGAUGCAGAUAAUGGGGUUGUGAGAAUUGACGGUGUGGAUGUAAGAACACUUCAGUUGAAAUGGAUAAGAGGGAAAAUGGGACUUGUUAGUCAAGACCAUGCUUUGUUUGGGACAUCAAUAAAGGAAAAUAUCAUGUUUGGGAAGCUUGAUGCUACCAUGGAAGAAGUUACAGCUGCAGCCAUGGCUGCCAAUGCUCAUAAUUUCAUAAGGCAGCUACCUGAAGGGUAUGAAACUAAGAUUGGAGAGAGAGGGGCACUUUUAUCAGGUGGACAAAAACAAAGAAUUGCCAUAGCAAGAGCAAUAAUCAAGAACCCUGUAAUUCUCCUACUUGAUGAGGCAACAAGCGCUCUCGACACUGAAUCAGAAACUCUGGUCCAAAAUGCUCUUGAUCAAGCCUCCAUGGGAAGAACCACUCUGGUUGUCGCACACAAGCUCUCAACUGUUCGCAACGCAGACCUAAUCGCCGUCGUAGGCAGCGGUGCGGUGAUCGAAAUCGGGUCCCACAACGACCUCAUCAACCAACAUAACGGUCACUAUGCUAACCUGGCCAAAAUGCAGAGACAGUUCAGUUCCAUGGAAAAUAAUGACCAAGAACAAGAACCCACCGUCACCUCCGGCCGAAUCUCCUCCGUUGGCGGCGGCCUAAGCACGGGGAGAUCGAGCCCUCUUAUCUUCUCUACACCGCCCAAUUCCACAGUCGAUCAAACCCCGGCGGUGGGACGCAAAAAAACUCAAACCCACCAGCGAGGUUCUUUCUCUCGACUCAUCUCAUUCAACGCACCCGAAUGGAGGAACGGCCUAAUUGGUGGACUCUCCGCCGUCGCCUUCGGGUCCGUACAGCCAACAUACGCCUUGACCAUAGGUGGGAUGAUCUCCGCCUUCUUCGCUCCUACCCAUGAAGAAAUUCGGAGCCGCAUCCGGGCAUAUUCUCUGAUCUUCUGCUCUCUCUCGCUGGUCUCCAUCGUCCUGAAUCUCCUUCAGCAUUACAAUUUCGCCUUCAUGGGAGAACGAUUGACGAAGCGGAUUCGAAUCCGAAUGCUGGAAAAGAUCUUGAGCUUCGAAACAGCUUGGUUCGAUCAGGAGAAGAACUCGAGCGGCGCGUUGUGCUCACGCCUCAGCAACGAGGCUUCCAUGGUGAAAUCCCUUGUGGCGGAUCGCGUCUCUCUCCUAGUCCAGGCCGCUUCUGCGGUGACGAUCGCCAUGGUGAUGGGUCUAAUCGUGGCGUGGAAGCUAGCUCUGGUCAUGAUUGCCGUACAGCCAUUGACGAUCCUCUGUUUCUACACCCGAAAGGUCCUGCUAUCAGCCACAUCCGCAAACUUCGUCAAUGCCCAGAACAAGAGUACCCAGAUAGCCGUGGAAGCCGUGUACAAUCAUCGAAUCGUGACCUCGUUUGGCAGCGUGGGAAAAGUGUUGCAGCUAUUUGAAGAAGCUCAAGAGGCACCGAGGAAAGAGGCGAGAAAAAAGUCUUGGAUGGCCGGAAUUGGAUUGGGUUCUGCUCAGUGCUUGACGUUCAUGUCUUGGGCAUUGGAUUUCUGGUAUGGCGGCACUCUUGUUGAGAAGGGUGAAAUUUCAGCCGGGGACGUGUUCAAGACAUUCUUCAUCUUGGUAAGUACUGGUAAGGUUAUAGCCGACGCUGGGAGUAUGACUUCUGAUCUUGCCAAGGGCUCUGCCGCUGUCGCCUCGGUUUUCGACAUUCUCGACCGCCAGUCACUCAUUCCAGUAUCUUACACUGACUCGGAUGAAAGUAGUGGUUGCAAAUUGGAGAAAGUAAUGGGAAGAAUAGAGAUGAAGAAAGUGGAGUUUGCCUACCCAAGUAGGCCAGAUAUUCUAGUGUUGCGGGAGUUCAGCUUAGAUGUGAAGCCAGGGACGAGCAUUGGGCUAGUUGGGAAAAGUGGGUGUGGGAAAUCAACGGUGAUUGGAUUGACCCAAAGGUUUUAUGAUGUAAAUGGAGGAUGGGUGAAAGUGGAUGGAGUUGACAUAAGGGAACUAAAUAUCCAAUGGUAUAGGAAGCACACAGCACUAGUCAGCCAAGAGCCCGUCAUUUACUCUGGAACCAUUCGCGACAAUAUCUUGUUUGGUAAGCUUGAUGCCUCUGAGAAUGAGGUGGUGGAAGCUGCUAGGUCCGCCAAUGCUCACGAAUUCAUAUCGUCAUUGAAAGAUGGGUAUGAAACAGAAUGUGGAGAAAGAGGGGUACAAUUAUCAGGAGGUCAAAAGCAGAGGAUCGCAAUAGCGAGAGCUAUCAUUAGAAAUCCAACCAUACUAUUGUUGGACGAGGCAACAAGUGCGCUAGACGUGCAGUCAGAACAAGUUGUGCAAGAAGCGCUUGACCGAAUCAUGGUUGGGAGGACCACAAUUGUGGUGGCUCAUAGGCUAAACACCAUUAAGGACUUGGACUCCAUUGCCGUUGUGGCUGAUGGCAAGGUCGUAGAGCGUGGGACCUAUGCUCACCUUAAGAACAAGAGGGGUGCUUUCUUCAACCUUGUUAGCCUUUCAAACUUAGGUUAGGUCCAACUAAUUAAAAAUUAAACACUUUCAUAUAUAUAUAUAUAUAUAUAAAUAUAUAUAAUCGUAAUGUUGUCGUAUAGUAUAGCCAGAAAAAAGUUGGGUCGACGAUGGAGUUUAGUUCUAACAUUGAGGACAUGCAGCCUCAUUUUAUGUACAGAGGCCCAAAUGAUGUUAUGGCCGAAGUGAUUUAAGCUAUAUAUAAGAUAGACCAACUACUAUAGUAACUAUUGUUUAUUAGCCCAAGAAGAAAUGUAGUUUUGAUGAAUAUGAUCAAUCAAUCUAUUAUCAUCUUCAAAAUCAA